AUGCCACCAACGGCCAACACAAAGCAAAGCACAAGAUACUGGCCAGAUCUCUCUGACACAUCUCUCUCUUUCCAGAUCCCCGUUGAUUCCUCAUCCGCGGAGUUUCUACUUGCAGAUCACAGCAGUGAUCUUGAUUUUCUGCACGGAGCAGGCGCCGCCAGUUUUGCCACCAUUGCUCCUACUCCAGCCCGCGGACAAUUGCAAAUUAGUGAUGUUACACCCCAAGUCACAUCACAACUGCUAUCAAGAUCACCUAGUCCAAGUCUGUCAGAUAUAGCGCUUGACGCGCCCGCCGUUUCCGAGGACCGCUUGGAGUCUUUGCGCGCAGAAUUGGGGACCCUCAAGGAUGAUUAUGAUAUCCCCAUGCAGGUGCAGCCACUAGUGGUUGCACGAUCUGUGUCAAAUGUUACGGCAGCACCACAUUCAAAGUUAAAGCCGAGGACAAGAAUCAAUUCUGCAGUAGAAGGCGGCCGUAACACGAACCUAGCAACGCACAGCAGGAUCCCUAUGUCUACUGCUGACAAACUUGGACCAACGUCGAUUGCCGAACCAACUGUGCAGUCGUCUUCUACGUGGAUAUCUGAGUCAGAAAACGUGGCCAUAGAUACCGAAUUCCAAGUUCCACCCGCAGGCUUGUACCUUGCGCGUGUUCUUCUAUUCUUCUUUCACUCUUUCUAUAUACUUGUGAUCGCAAUCGGGAAUUAUGGUUCGAUCUCACAUGAUCUCCGGCGACCUGUCUUGGAAAUGCCAUCACUUGUAUUCCCCAGCAUUUAUAAUCCCAGGACCGAAAGUUCCUUCACGGCAGGUACGGGUACUGGUGUUGCUAGAACGGAAGAACGCGUCGAAACUCAACCUUCACCUGCGGUUGACAUUGUGGAUGCCCCAUCUUCACCGGAUGCUUCAAGUCGUAAUGAUUACUUAUUGAGGCUUUCAGAAAUUUCACCGCAGAAGCAUCACUCACAAGCUAGCGCCUCCCCCGGUCAUUUAUCCACAGGAAGGCGGGAGCUAUCACCCAUGAGGCCGGCAAGGAAGCGCCCGGCCACCGAGGAACAUACCGCUUCCCAACGGCCAAGUGGCAGCAAGAAGGUUAAGGCGAAACCGUUAGCAUCAAGCGCAGAGGCCAAAAGUGGCCCGACUGUUUUGGCAGGGUCAUCCACCCGAGUUCUUCGCACCUCUACCCAAAAGAACCAUCCACAUGCUAGCACAACGCUUAUCAGUCGGAAUUCGCGGUGUCCGACGUCAAAUUUUCCAAGCGCGCGAACCAAGUAUAAACCCAGACAGAACUUCCAACGCCAGGUGCGGUCUACGUUGAUUGCAUCAUCGUCCCUGCGGAGCCAGACGAUCUGCAAGGGACAAGACAAAAAUAUUCAGGGGCAGGAGGGGGUCUCUACUAGCCACUCGGUCGUGCAAAGCCGAACCUCGGGCAGUUCCCGGGUUUCCCUUGAUGCAAAAUAUGUUGUCAGUAAACAACCUACGGCAAUCACAGCGCUCGAGCAGUCAGGAUCAUCUAGGCCUAGCCUUGUGCCACCCUUCGAGCAGUUCGAGCCAUCUAGACCUGGCUGUGUGUCACCCCUCGAGAAGGCGAGCAUCACGUUGCCACCUGCCAACAUAACAAAGCCUAUCGCGUUUACGUUUCAUGUGGACGCGCGCAUUGAAGCGCGUAAAGCUGAGUUCGAGAAGCCUGCGGGCUCGGCUAGCGAGCGAGUUUAUAUGGAGAAGGGGCACCAACAAAGGCAUGCUGUGCCCGAUUUCAAGGUACUACACGAGGUCCACCAAACAUCACUUGGAUGGCGUAAGGAACACGUCGUCCCAAUAGUUCCCGCACCACCGAUAAUCCUUAACACCGAAAUUCGCGCCAGAGAGAGGGAGAAAUUCGACCGAAUGGUGCGAAUAAAGGAAGAGGAGAUUCAACGAGCUAAAGAGGAGCGCCGAAGACAACGAGAUGCGGAAGAAGAAAGGGAGAUCAAAGAGCUUCGCAAGCGAGCAAUUCCCAGGGCGAAUGAAAUUCCAGAGUGGUAUGCUGACAUGCCGAAGAAAGGUGGUGUAGGAGGAUCAGGAUAG